UGUCGCGUAGGAAGUUAGGAUUGAGAAGAGGAAGGAGGAGGAGGAGGAAGAAGUGGAUUCUGAAGGGAGCCUCCAUUUUGGCUGGGUAGCCACUGAGAAGAUUUUUUUUUCCCUGCUGGAUCGUUGUUGGAUCUUGUCUGCCGCUUGCUUCCUCGUUCCUCGUCACCAAGUGAGGUUGCCUCUUUCUCUCUGUGUGGCAAGUGCUCUGCUUAUUAUAUCCGGGAGCGGCUGCGGCAAAAGGAUGGCGGCCGAGAGUCGGGAAGAAAAAGAUGGUGAAUUGAAUGUUCUUGAUGAUAUUUUGACUGAUGCACCAGACCAUGAUGAUGAAUUGUACAACCCUGAUAGUGAACAAGAUAAAAGUGAAAAAAAAGGAUCCAAAAGGAAAAGUGAGCAGAUGGACAUAGCUGAAAUUAAAAAACAAAAACCAUCUGUACAUUCCUCAAGGCAGAUCUUACCAAAACCUCCAAGCUCUUCCAUUAGCAACAACAAAAGAAUUGUGAGCACAAAAGGAAAACCAGCAUUAGAAUACAAGAGUGAGGAUUAUCGAAGGUCUGACAGAAGUAAACGUCCAGAAAGCGAUAGAAAGAUACGUUUGUCAAGCAGCACCUCUAGAGAUCCGUAUAAGGGACAGCCUGAAAAGGCAUGUAUGAGGAAAAGGGAGGUUGACAGAAGAGCGAAGUCCUCUACUCCAGAUACCUCUGCAAGACUAAGGCAUGAUGUGGAAAGACGACCAAGCAGAUCAAGCCAUUCUUCAAAAGAAGAAGUCAAUUCUGAGGAAUAUGGUUCAGAUCGUGAAACAGGCAGUAGUGGUUCAUCUGAUGCAGGAAAUACUGAAAAUGAAGAAGAGGAGGAGGAAGAGGAAGGAAUGGAGGAGGAGGAGGAGGAGGAAGAAGAAGAGGAGGAGGAAGAAGAGGAAGAUGAUGAUGGAGAGGAAGAAGAGGAAGUAGAAGAAGAUGGAGAUGAUGAGGAAGAAGAGUAUGAUCAAGAUGAAAGAGAUCAGAAGGAGGGAAAUGAUUAUGAUACACGAAGUGAAGCUAGUGACUCUGAUUCUGAAUCUGCAUCUUUUACUGAUGCAUCAGUCAGAACAGGUUCAGGCUCAGAUAUAUCAGAUGAGAAAAAGAAGGCCAGGAAAAGAGCUAGAGGCAUCUCUCCGAUUGUUUUUGAUAGAAGUGGAAGCUCUGCAUCAGAAUCAUAUGCAGGUUCAGAAAAGAAGCAUGAGAAAUUAUCAUCUUCCGUUCGUGCUGUCCAAAAAGACCAAACUAGCAAACUUAAGUAUAUUCUCCAAGAUGCACGAUUUUUUCUUAUAAAAAGUAACAACCAUGAAAAUGUCUCUCUUGCCAAAGCUAAGGGUGUUUGGUCAACCCUUCCAGUCAAUGAGAAAAAGCUCAAUGCUGCCUUCAGAUCAGCAAGAAGUGUGAUCUUGAUAUUUUCUGUAAGAGAGAGUGGAAAAUUCCAAGGAUUUGCAAGGCUUGCUUCUGAAUCUCACCAUGGAGGGUCUCCCAUACAUUGGGUGCUACCUGCAGGAAUGAAUGCAAAAAUGCUGGGAGGAGUAUUUAAGAUAGAUUGGAUAUGCAGGCGUGAAUUGCCAUUCACAAAAUCUGCUCACCUGACGAAUCCUUGGAAUGAACAUAAGCCUGUAAAGAUUGGACGUGAUGGACAGGAAAUUGAGCUUGAAUGUGGAACCCAACUUUGUCUCCUAUUCCCUCCUGAUGAAAGUAUUGACUUGUAUCAAGUCAUUCAUAAAAUGCGUCAUAAGAGAAGAAUGCACUCUCAACCCCGGUCAAGAGGACGUCCAUCCCGUCGAGAGCCACUCCGAGAUGUGGGAAGGCGUCGACCAGAGGAUUAUGAUAUUCAUAACACCAGAAAGAAACCAAGGAUUGAUUAUCCCUCUGAGUUUCACCAAAGACCAGGGUAUUUAAAAGACCCCAGAUACCAAGAUAUGGACAGACGAUUUUCAGGAGUUCGGAGAGAUGUCUUCUUAAAUGGGUCUUACAAUGAUUAUGUGAGAGAAUUUCAUAACAUGGGACCACCACCGCCUUGGCAAGGAAUGCCUCCUUACCCAGGUAUAGAACAGCCUCCCCAUCACCCAUACUAUCAGCACCACGCUCCUCCUCCACAGGCUCACCCUCCUUACUCAGGACACCAUCCCAUGCCACAUGAUGCACGGUACAGGGAUAAGCGAGUGCAUGACUAUGACAUGAGGGUAGAUGACUUUCUACGUCGGACACAAGCAGUUGUCAGUGGCCGAAGAAGCAGGCCGAGAGAGAGAGAACGGGAUCGGGAACGAGAUCGGCCUCGAGAUAACCGAAGAGACAGGGAUCGGGAACGAGGGAGGGAGAGGGAAAGAAUAUGUGAUCGCGAUAGAGACAGAGGUGAAAGAGGAAGAUACAGAAGAUAAUGUAUUGUGAAACUACAAUUACUUAAGGAAGCAAAGGCUUGUAUAUUUGCGUGUUUACAAGUAGUAAACUUAUUUUCUUAAGUCAUCAUACUUGAUUGUGUAGAUGAAUUUAUAAUUGCCCCUGUUCCAAGCAUGCUGUAAGCUGUGAACCGAAAUACAUAUUUUGGCCAAAAACAUGCAAAGCUUGAUUCUUCAGUUGAUAUCUUAAUUUAAGCAGUUUAGAAGACAACAUUUAAAGAAUGUAGAUGAAUUUUCCCAACAUGUUUAUCUUAACAAUAAUUUAAUUAUAUGUUCCUUUGAAUACGAGUUAUUAGCUGCCAUGAUUUUUGCUGUUUUUUUUUUUGACAUGUAGCUUUUAAUAUUUUUUAGGGGGGUAGCAUGGAAUGCUACUAUCAACACAAAAAUACUGGGUGUGUGAUGGUUGUAUGGCAGUAUUGAAGCAGUCGCCUUUUGUUUUUAUGUUUCUGUUUUAAUUUUUGUAAAGACAAAGCUUGUUCAAUAAUGGAAGCAAUAGUAAUAUUUUAUUGAACCUGUGCUGAUUGUAUUUUGUUUAAUGCUCGUCUAAUCACCUCACUUGCACCCUUUUUUCUCCAGUUUAACCAUACUGUUUAGAAUGUCCAUUGUAUGUGUGUGGGCAUAUAUGCGUGAGCACAAAUACUGUUGUAUUUUACAUUGCUACCAUUUCUUUUUUUUAUAAUAAAUUGCUAAUAGUUAAAUUCCAUGGACUUUGAUGCUUUCUGGCUUCUAAAAAAAAGAACAAUUAAUGAUUAAUUUGUCAAUGUCAUUUCAGGCAUUCGGGCCUCAGCAUGAGACAGAUAUAGAGGUACUGUCAGGGUGUUCUAAGUCAUGAUGGCAAACUAAAUAAAUUUCUAUUCCUAUCUAAUAUAUUUAAAUUUGUGGCAUAUAUAUUAACAACUCCAUAAAAAUAUAAAGUAUGGGAAUCUCUGACUCAGGAAAGUGCAUAGUUUUGUUAUAAAAAAAGGAAACUUUUAGAAAAUAGUGGCCAGUGAACAGUUCCAUGUUAAUUUAUUUAACCAAGUCCCGUGCUAUUUAUUGCAAUUUACUGCCAGUAAGAAUGCUUGUUCAUGCCUGAGAUGAAGCAAAUAGUCUAUCUGAUAUUAUAGUAGGAAUAGUCUGAAAUUAUAG